AUGGAUCCCACAUAUGACAAUAUGGUUGGGAUAGACCACUCCAGACAUAACUCCAGUCUCUCCAUGGCCCGCUCAAUGCGUGUGGUCAAACAGGAGCGCAGUAUGGAGCGAGAGGAGAAGCCCCGUAAACAGAGGAAGAGAGCCCUGGUUGCAUGUGACCGAUGCCGAAAGAGAAAAAUCAAGUGCAACGGUGAUCUCGACUCUGGCAAAGCUUGUUCCAGCUGUCUGAGUGUGGGAGCAACCGAGUGCGCGUACAACCGAGUCAACUCUUGGUCUGUGGAAAAGACCCAAAGAGAGGCUGCCAAAAUGGCUGUUAGACACUUCGCCGCAAAUCCCCAGGCAAGAUCAAACUUCCUCUCCUCGGUUCCACACCGAGAUGAUUAUCACCUGGACGUCCAACCCAGCUUCCGCCAAUCCGUCGCAAUGGACUCACUCUAUGAUGAGCAGUCAGCCAACUACGGCCAAACAUCAUCAGGAUACAUGCUACCCAACUCCAACGCAAUGCUCGACUACAGCACAGCCUGGUCUAACCGAGGCUGGGAUCUCAGCAGACCUGGUCAGGGCGAGUACUUCGACGAACAAAACCAAGCUGGCUAUGGAUUCAUCCUCCCAGGCCAAUCCAUGUCCGACAUUCCCCACUCAACAGGACCAGGAGCAAACUACACAGAAGCCGUAGACCGCACCCUCCCCACACCCCAAAGUCGACCCCAACAAACCCCACCAACCCUCCUCACCCUCCCAGACAAUCUCUCCGGCAUGACCCUAGCCCCAGACUCCAAACCUCCUUUCUGGAACAUGCGCUACUCCACCUCCCCAGACACCCGGGCAAUGCCAAUGCCCCCCAACAACACCAUGUACCCCCAGACCCAAGCCCGCAUGAAACAACCAGAACCAGAAGACACCACCCCAGAUCUCAUCUUCGACAUGCCCCCCUCAACAGCCGCAAACCCACCCUACCCAUCUCUGGACACGAUAGAGUCUCCCCUGGGUGUUGGCGGGUACGCGCACGAUGCACGGGGGUUUCCACCUGAAGGUCAACGGCUUCCGCUGACGCCUGAUGGUGCAGCGGAUGUGUAUGGGUAUGCGAGUUCGCGGAAAAGAGGUGAGGCGGAGACGAGGUGUUCGGCUUCGACGCUUGUGAGUGGGAUGACGUAUACGAGGGUGCGACAUGGGGAUUCGGGGAGUGGACCGUCGUUUAACUAUUUGUUGGAUGCUUUGCCUCAGUAUGGGCGUAUGGAGGGUGCGCAUCGCUCACCGGUUCCGCCGCUUGGGGGGCAUGAGGCUUAUUGA